UUCCCCUGAACCAUCUUCUCCUCUCCUUGCUCCCCUUGCUGCCUUGCACCAUGUCUCAGGAUGGCGCCAGCCGGCCUGAAGACGUCGAGGGAAGCCAUGAUCGCGCCGCCUCCCCCGGCGGCAGCACGCCGGCCGGUGCUGGGUCGGCGACGGUGAAGACGGCUGCCUCCAGCUCCAGCUCCGUCAAGCCGGCCGGCGAGAACAACAGCUCCGGGUCGAAGCCGGCCAGCCCCGCGGUGAUCCAUGCCGGCGAGAACAGCAACGCCGGGUCAAAGCCUGCCAGCCCAGCGGUGGUCGACGCCGUUGAGAGCAACGCGGGGGAGGGAAAGGACGACGUCGCCGUAGGAGAAGGUGGCGGGGACGCUGCAGCAGCUGGCAGCGGCAGCGGCAGCGGCAAGGGCAAGAGCGCCAAGGAGGCGGAGGCGGAGCACGCGCUGCAUAUCUGGACGGAGAGGGAGCGGAGGAAGAAGAUGAAGAACAUGUUCAGCAGCCUGCACGCGCUCCUCCCCCAGCUCCCGGAAAAGGCUGACAAGGCCACCAUAGUGGGGGAAGCCGUGAGCUACAUCAGGACUCUGGAAGGCACGCUCCAGAGGCUGGAGAAGCUGAAGCUGGAGCGCAUGCGCGCGCAGCAGCUCGGUCUCGGCAGCAGCGCGGCACCCGCGUCGUCACCGAUGCGCCACGGCACACCGGCGCCAGCGACAAGGGAGGCGGCCUUGGCGGACAUGGCCCAGGGCUGGAACGCGCUGCGGGACGCCGCGGCGGGGGAGGGGAGCUCCGCCGCGCCCCCGGCGCCGUUCCAGACGUGGUCCGGGCCGAACGUCGUGGUGAGCGUGUCCGGCGGCGACGCGUUCAUCAACCUGUGCACGCCGCGGCAGCUGGGCCUGCUGACGAAAGCGCUGUUCGUGCUGGAGAAGCAUCGCAUCGACGUCGUGACGACGGACAUCUCGUCCGACCGGAACCGGAGCAUGUUCUCCAUCCAUGCGCGUGUAAGUCAACGGCAACCCUCCGCACACUUCUCGGAGAACCUGACGGCUGAAGACAGGUACAAGCUGGCAGUGUCAGAGCUGCUGCACUGGCUCGCCAAAUGA